CCAGUAAUAUUGACAAUAGGGUGAAAAGAUACCCCUAAAUCCAAAACGGUCUCAAGGAAACAACAAACUACGGGGAUUUGGAGGAAAAAAGCAAUCGGAUCAAAUGUAACUGCGUCAACCUAGUCGUUUUAUAUACAUCUGUAUUUUGUUAUUAAUGGGAGUCUGAGGAUUAUAUCGUUAGAAGGCGAAAGGUACUCGUGGGUUUGGCUGUUAUAAGGCCAAGAUUUUUCUGCCGUUUCGCCGCUGCUCAGAAAGGCUAUUCGCGACGAGCUGGAAGUAGCAUAGUGGAUUAAUUUCUAAACAUAGGAUAACUCCUUUCCACCGUCUUCGUUGCGAACCACAGAGGAUCAAGGGCUAUGUCCUCGGCAGCCACCACGUCUCCAUCUGUGGACAAAGUGGACGGAUUUUCACGGAAGUCUGUCAGGAAGGCAAAGCAGAAGAGGUCGCAGAGCUCCUCCCAGUUCCGCUCUCAGGGCAAACCCAUAGAGCUGACGCCCUUGCCACUGCUCAAGGACGUGCCAGCGCCGGAGCAGCCAGAGCUGUUCCUGAAGAAGCUGCAGCAGUGCUGUACUGUCUUCGACUUCAUGGACACGCUGUCGGACCUCAAGAUGAAGGAGUACAAGCGCUCCACGCUCAACGAGCUGGUGGACUAUGUGACCGUCAGCAGGGGUUACCUGACGGAGCAGGCCUACCCAGAGGUUGUCAAAAUGGUGUCUUACAACAUAUUCCGGACCCUCCCACCUAGCGACAGUAAUGAGUUUGACCCAGAGGAGGAUGAGCCAACGCUGGAGGCCUCCUGGCCACACUUACAGUUGGUAUAUGAGUUCUUCAUCCGGUUCCUGGAGAGUCAGGAGUUCCAGCCCAGCAUUGCCAAAAAAUACAUAGACCAGAAGUUUGUCCUACAGCUCUUGGAGCUGUUUGACAGCGAGGACCCUCGGGAGAGAGACUACCUGAAGACAGUCUUGCACAGAAUCUACGGCAAAUUCCUGGGGUUGAGGGCUUUUAUACGAAAACAGAUUAAUAAUAUUUUUCUACGUUUUGUUUAUGAAACGGAACACUUCAACGGGGUGGCUGAGUUGCUGGAGAUCUUGGGGAGUAUAAUCAAUGGCUUCGCUCUGCCACUGAAAGCUGAGCAUAAACAGUUUCUGGUCAAAGUGUUGAUCCCCCUCCACACUGUAAGGAGUCUGUCCCUCUUUCACGCACAGUUGGCGUAUUGCAUUGUACAGUUCCUAGAGAAAGACCCAGCAUUAACAGAGCCUGUCAUCAGGGGUUUACUCAAGUUCUGGCCAAAAACCUGCAGUCAAAAAGAGGUGAUGUUCCUCGGGGAACUUGAAGAGAUUCUGGAUGUCAUUGAGCCCACACAGUUUGUUAAGAUCCAGGAGCCACUCUUUAAGCAGAUCUCCAGAUGUGUGUCCAGCCCACACUUCCAGGUGGCGGAGCGAGCCCUGUACUACUGGAACAACGAGUACAUCAUGAGUCUGAUCGAGGAGAACUCCAGCGUCAUCCUGCCCAUCAUGUUCGCCAGCCUCUACAGGAUCUCCAAAGAGCACUGGAACCCAGCGAUUGUGGCACUGGUUUACAACGUACUGAAAGCCUUCAUGGAGAUGAACAGUACCUUGUUUGAUGAACUUACAGCCACCUACAAGUCGGACCGCCAGCGCGAGAAGAAGAAAGAGAAGGAGCGGGAGGAGCUUUGGAAGAAGUUGGAGGACUUGGAGCUGAAGCGGGGCCUUAGGAGCGACGGGAUCAUCCCCACUUAACGAAGCCGGCGCUGCGCUCUCCCUUUUCCUACCUUCCUUCCUCCCUUACGUCCUCUCUGACUCCCCCCCUCCACACACACACACACACACACUCACCACCCCUCCGAUCACCCCUCCCUCGAAGCAGCGGUGUCGGUCUCGAGGGUUGGGAAACUCCCCUGUUAAAAGGCCGUCUUUUCUGGAAUGACAUGGAAAGGCCCUAGUUUCCUUUUAUUUCUUUAUUUUUUUUUUAAAUUUUUUUUUCUUCCUCUGUAUUUGUGCGACUUAUUUUAACAGUAGUUUUAUCACGUCUCUGUUUUCAUUAUUUUAACAGCACUGUAAAUAAAUGUUUAUUUUUCUUUUUUUCCCUUAAGCUGAUAUUAUUGCAAAAGGAAAAAUUAAAUAAUAAAAAAAAUAAGGAAAAAAAUAGAAAAUGAGAAAAUGACUUAUGUGGGAGAGGGGAAAAGACUUCUGGACUGUAGAACAAGAAACAAACUCUUCGAAGAAAAAAAAACACAAAAAAAACAACAGCAAAAAAAGAAGCUAGAUUGUUUAACUCAUCCCCACUCUUCCUUAACACCGCUUGUUUUGUUUUGGUUUUUUUUUUUUAAAUGUUUUCCCAUUUUCUGGUUCUCCCUUGCUUCUCCUCUCCUCUUCUCUCUCUCUCUCUCUC